UGGGACGGGAAUGUGUGGGCCGGAGCAGACUCACAGCAGCUCCAGUGGGCCCCGAUCCGCGUUUAGAAUAGCAAGUGAAUCGCGUGCAUUCCCGAGAAAGUCUCGGUAACGUGUACACUCGUACGAGCUCGUAUCCAGCCGUUUUAUAGCACAUUUUACGACCGUCACAUCGUAACAAUAAUCAUUUUAUUAACUAUUAAACGCUCACCGCUCCCUCCUGCAACGUCCUUUACGAUUCCAAACAAAUUGUUUUAUUACCGUCAUCAUGGUUCCUUCCGUAAUUCUGCCAACGAUCAAAAAACAGUAACGAAAUAAACUUUUUAUCGUGGUUCCAGUGACAGUGACUUUUGAACAUAGUGAGUGUGUUUUUCAAUUGACAUGCUGGCCUUGCACAAGUAGAAUUUGUGUUAGUUUAUUGUCGUAGAUUGGUUUCCGAAAAAAUCGUUCAAAAUUCAUUCGAUAAUAAUGAACUCGUACUUUGAGCAGAGCGGGUUUUACGGAAGUCACCAUCACCAAAGUGCGGGAUCGGCUGCGGCUCAUCAUCACGAUCAGAGUGCCGUAGCCGCGGCAGCAUACAGAUCGUUCCCUUUAUCUCUGGGAAUGUCCCCGUACGCUUCCAGUCAGCACCACCACCAUCAUUCAUUACACCAGACUCGUCCUCCACAGGACUCACCUUAUGACGCUUCGGUGGCUGCGGCCUGUAAAUUGUAUUCCUCCUCAGGAGACAGUCAACAAAAUUCUGCAUAUAACUCCUCUACAAAACCUGACUGUUCAAAAGGAAGUGCUGAUCAAAAUGGUUAUGCAUCGGUGGUAGCUGCAGCCGCGGUCAAAGACGUCUGGCAGAACGCCGCGGCUACCGGUGGUGGUGCCAAUUUGGCCAGUAGUCUGGCGGGACCCGUACGACCCGCUGCAUGUACUCCAGACUCUAGGGUGGGCUACGGGUCCGGACUCGUCGGCGGAGAUCCCGCAUCUAGUCCGGGAUCAGCCGCAAGUCGUACCGCGAACUCUCUGGCUUCAUGGAACAAUCCGUGCUCCUUGAACACUAACUCAGCACAGGCAGUAGGAACCCAGCUGCAUCAACAAGGAAGCCACACGUUCUACCCCUGGAUGGCAAUAGCAGGUACUUGA